AUGGCCGCGGAAACCCCCAACAUCCCUCAGCAGCGGCUCGGCGUCCCGUCUCGGAAUCCGCUGCCUUUAUCGGCUUCGCAAGAGUCGCAAGUGCGAGAUAUAUACUAUGCUAGAGUGCGCAAACAAUGCGCCGACGAAAUCAAAGCCUUUGCCGAUUGCGCCCUUGGCCGGACCUUUAGCGUCACGUUUGCUUGCCGAGCUGAACACACCGCUAUGAAUGCCUGCAUGAAGCUCCGAGCUACACAGGAAGAACAGGACGCCGCCCGAGAGGAAUGGUUCGCACUACGAAUGGAGCGACAGCGACAGCGUGAGAGGAAAACCAAGAUGGCAGCAGCCCAAGAAGAGUUCAUGCGGGAGUGGUGGGGUCUGCCAGAGGAUGUGAGGCUGUCGAGACAGAAAGAGAUGGAGAAGCGAGGAGAGAAGAUACCGCCUCUAAGACCCGAGCCCAGCACGAAGUAA